AUGGCCGAGGAAGGAAAAGUGGAGGAGAAGGACAACUUCGACGUGGGUCCCCUGUCGGUCUUGCAGAAGUGCGUGAAGGAUAACUCCCAGGUGCUCAUCAACUGCCGCAACAACCGGAAGAUCCUGGCCCGAGUGAAGGCUUUCGACCGACAUUCGAACAUGGUACUUGAGAAUGUCCGAGAGAUGUGGACGGAGACCCCUCACGGCGGAAAGAAGAAAGCGAAGCCCGUGAACAAGGACCGAUUUAUCAGCAAGAUGUUCCUUCGCGGCGACUCAGUAAUCCUGGUACUGCGCAAUCCCAAGUAG